AUGAGGAGGGGAACGGCGCUGGGCGCCUGGGUGCUCCUGGCCAGCCUGGCCGUGGCCAGCUGGGGUGUCCGAGGACAGAAAGUAAACGUGAAAGAAGCCAGUGGGAAGGUGUUCCUGCAGUGUGUAGUGGACAGCAACAGUCAAGUCAUAUGGUACAAAGAUGGAAACUGGAUAGAAAACGCAACACAGCUGGACUUGGGUGCAAUUUACGAUGAUCCCAGAGGCAUUUAUACAUGUGAAACAAACAAAGAAAAGAAAAGCCCUCCCCUCCAGGUGCACUAUCGAAUGUGCCAGAACUGCAUUGAAGUGGACGCUCCCACCAUCUCGGGGAUCGUGGUCGCAGAUGUCGUUGCCACCAUCUUCCUGGCGGUCGCUGUGUAUUGUAUCACUGGCCAGGACAAGGGACGCAUGUCACGAGCUUCUGACAGACAGAACCUGAUUGCCAAUGAGCAGCUCUACCAGCCCCUUGGCGAGCGGGAUGAGCAGUACAGCCGGCUGGUGCCUGCCAAGGGCCACAAGUGA